AUGGAAAAUACAGCCUACCCAGUCAAAUUUUUGGUUUUAAUAGUUAUUUUAGGUACAAUUGUGCAAACACAACAAUAUCGUAAAUUUUAUUAAGUUUUCGGCUAUAUUGCCGCUGGAAGUUCGAUGCUAGAUGACACGGAUACCUCGCUAUAUGAAUACGGAUUUUUGAGUGGCCCAACAAUUUUAUUGGUUAAUGCGUUGCUUGUGUUGCCGAUUGGACGGCUUGUUGAUUACAUAAAGCGGCCGAAGUGGUUUGUUUUGUCCUGUUCCAUAUCAAUUUGCCUUAUAACACUACUAAACAGCAUAUGUGAAAAUUUUUACGAGCUACUAUCAGUCCGUCUGAUGUUUGGAAUUUUCGCUUGCGGAAUUUCUCCAACUUAUAUGAGACUGCUAGCCUUGUAUUUUCCAUCAAAAAAACGCGGUUUUGCUUCAGGAUUUUUAUUUUUGACGAUUUAUUUUGGAAUUUCUCUUGCUUCAUUAUCAUUAAUAUUAGCAGAGUCUGUAGGGUAAUUUCUAGAAAGGUGGCGUUGAUCCUAUGUUCUUAUCGGCUCAAUAAGCUUGGUUUUGACUAUAAUUUUUGGUCUAUUUCUCAGAGACAUAAAAAAUAAUGCCAAACUCAGCAGAUUCACAAAUGAGCAAAUUCUUAAAAGUGACAUUUUAUCACUAUUCAAAAAUAAAACCCUGAUUUUUACUAUUCUUGCAUUAUUCUUUCAAUAUAUUUCAGGAUUCGCGAGAUCGUUUUAUGAAGCAAUUUACUUUGCAGAAAAAUUUUCAGAUAAUGUGGAUGUGUAUGCGGUUUUAAAUGCGAUAGGAAUACUGAUUUCUCCGAUAGCUCCUAUUUUAUUAGGAAAAUACUCACCCCUCCUUUAAAUUGGAAACAAAAAAUUGAUAAAAUUUUCAUUUUUUGAGUGCUUUAACCCGCCAUUAAAUUGUAAUAAAAUUUGUUUUUCAACAGGAGAAUGUUAUUAAUGAAAAUAUUAAUUUUUAUAAAAUGAGUUUUGACCUUAUUUAAUAGAUAAAAUGCAAAUAAAUGUUUAUUUAAACUUUUCUAAAAUGAAUCAAUUCAUUUUUUAUAUAAUUCUUCAUAAAAAUAAAUUAAAUGCAAACUAUUGUGCUCAAUUUAUAUUUUUUAAAAAUUAAGUUUUUAAAAACAAAGUAACCUCUCUGAAAUUGGAGCAGGAUUUUUUUAUUCCAGUUUUAAAAAGGGGGGAGUUAGACAGUAAACAAGACUCAGACCCAAAAUGGCAACCUUUAAUUAUUGCAAUCACAAGGUUUAUGUAUAUUCCUUUGCUAUUUCCAGAAAUAAAAUGGUGGCGUUGACCUUAGCAGGAAUCUGAGACACCUCCUGAUGAAGCGAUGGACCAGGCGAUAGCGGCGAAAGUAAGCUCUUCGUAAGUUAAGAAGACCAUCUCAAUGGGAGCUUGCCGAAGCGGAUUUUUUUUCUCCCCAGAAAAUUUUCCUGUCCCUACCAGAUGGGCUAACAGUUUUGUCAACCCACAUCUAUCCUUCUCAUUAUAAUCCCUUGCAUAAAUUUUAUUUUGCUUAUUUAUGGUAAAUUAAUUUUAAAAUCUCAAAAACAAAUUAACUUACCAUAUACUCAGUUUUUAUAUAUAAUGACAUGUCAAAAUUUUUUUGACAUUUUAAAAUCAAUUUACCAUAAAUAAGCAAAAUAAAAUAUUACCAAUACAUUAUAUUAGUAUCGGAGCACCUUACAGAUAGUGGCUAUGUGUGAUUGAGGUCAGAAACCCAUAAGGGCGACUUUUUGGACUCAAUAUGGGUGACGGCUAGUGAUUUAUCUGCUUAUGGCCACAUAAACGUUUAAUUUAUUUAUUUUUUUACUGUUUCCAAUGUAUCUUUCCUCAAAUUUUGCAAUCGCAAUGCUUUCGAUGAUGCUAAUAAGUACAAUUGGGGAAACUUAUAUAAGUGUGUCUUAUGCAAUUUUAAUAAAUGUCGCAAAUCCUAAUGUCUGGGCGUUCCAAACUGCGUGAAUGAUUUGUGUGACUACUAUAGCAGGGACUAUAUCUACAGUGAUAAUAGGGUUUUAUUAUACAUCUUUAGAAGCCUUAAAAGUAUCUUUAUUGAUUGCAACUGUCUUUGGAAGUGCAAUGGCAGCUAUCAUGUUUUUGGUUGUUGCUAAAUUUUACCCUGAGGACUUAAAAAAGCAAAAAGAGUGUCGAAAAGAAAUAGAUGAAGAAUUGGUCAACCAAAGUGAAAUAGCUGAAGAAUUGAUUAAUCAAAAUGAAAGUUCAAUAGGAUAA